UGUAUGCUCUUUGGUACAUAUACAAUAAUUAACGUACGCCUGGCAACACUGGCUGACAGCGAUGGUGUUGCUGUGCUUUGAGAAACACUGCCAAGACUGUGUUGGGCGAUACCGGAUCCUACCUUGGUGCGGUCCAUAUAUUAGAGACAAAGUAUUUUUUUAAAUUACAAAUAUUGCUAAUAUUCCGUGAAACGAAAAUGCUUAUCAGGCCCGAAAUCAGGAAGUGUGGAUAAAAUAGGUGCUUAAGUCUACAACGUUUUCUAAGGUUUUUAUAAGGUGAAACGUUUCAUGGCUGUACAUUAACUAGUUUUGUACUCUGGCAACUUUAGUUGAUGUUAAGAUCAUUUGGUUAAGAUUGACGUUUUGACAGCUAGUUAAGGUAGUUUGCUGAUAUUGUUUGUAACGUAAGAUAAAAUUUAGAUUUUAUCCCCAGCUUUUUAUUAGGAAAUUGCAAAAUGGUGAAAAAUAAAAUGAUUGCUAAGAGUUGCCCGAAGUGUCAUUCUCAGGUAGCAGUAGCCUCAAAGUCCUGUAAGUGUGGUCACACAUUCUUCUCGGCGCGGCGCGCGGCGGACGCGCUGCCGGCCGCGGAGGAGAUGCGCCGGCGCACGAGCCGCGUGUACCGCCCGCAGCGGCAGUUCUACGACGCUGCGCAUUACGUGAAACAGAAGAAACGGUCACCUAAAAAGAGAUCAUUGUCGCGAUCAAUAGAUGAAGAAUAUAAAAAGGAGAAGAGUGAAUCAGCGACGGCGCGCGCUCGGCGGCGGCGGGCGCACCGGCGCGCGCAGCGCGAGGCGCCGCCCGCCGGGGAGCGCCCCCGGGACCCCACCCCGCAACUCCGACCCGCCCAGCUCGCCACUUGCGCGCUCAUACUGCAGGUACCCCCUCAUAUAUUACUGCCGCCACGGCGCGAGGCGCCGCCCGCCGGGGAGCGCCCCCGGGACCCCACCCCGCAACUCCGACCCGCCCAGCUCGCCACUUGCGCGCUCAUACUGCAGGUACCCCCUCAUAUAUUACUGCCGCCACGGCGCGAGGCGCCGCCCGCCGGGGAGCGCCCCCGGGACCCCACCCCGCAACUCCGACCCGCCCAGCUCGCCACUUGCGCGCUCAUACUGCAGGUACCCCCUCAUAUAUUACUGCCGCCACGGCGCGAGGCGCCG